AGCUUGAGGAGGGCGGAGCCGGAGGCCCGGAGGCUAGAGCCAGAGAGCACCGCGUGGGAGGACUGCGCAGGGCCAGGCGCGAGUGCGGGUGGUGCACGGUGGUGCAGAGAACAGUGCUGGAGGUUGCAAGGCUGUGCAGAGAGCCCAGGCGGGUGCAUUAGGCAGAGAGGUGCAGGACGUUGCACUGGGCGUUGCAAUUGGGAGUUGCACUGGAGGUGCAGGGCUCUGGACAUUGCACUGGGGGUGCAGUGCUCUGGGCGGUGUACAGAGCGGUGCGGGGAGCAGGGCAGCUGACAGCGUCAUCAGGCAGGAGCAGCGCGCGCUCCACCUCAGCAGCCACCGCAUCGUGCUGCGCGCAGCAGGUCUCGGAGCUGCGCCUGGAGACCUGCGGCUCUGAGCCUGCUCUCCCCAGGUACUUCCUGGUCAGUAGCUGGAGUUCUGAAGCAACAUGCCGGAACAGAGCAAUGACUACCGGGUGGCCGUGUUUGGGGCAGGCGGUGUUGGCAAGAGCUCCCUCGUUUUGAGGUUUGUGAAAGGGACCUUCAGGGAGAGCUACAUCCCAACUGUGGAAGACACCUACCGGCAGGUGAUCAGCUGUGACAAGAGCAUUUGUACGCUGCAGAUCACCGACACUACCGGGAGCCAUCAGUUUCCGGCCAUGCAGCGGCUGUCAAUCUCCAAAGGCCACGCCUUCAUCCUGGUCUACUCCAUCACCAGCCGGCAGUCCCUUGAGGAACUCAAGCCCAUCUAUGAGCAGAUCUGCGAGAUCAAGGGGGAUGUGGAGAGCAUCCCCAUCAUGCUGGUGGGUAACAAGUGUGAUGAGAGCCCCAACCGCGAGGUCCAGAGCAGCGAGGCAGAGGCCCUAGCCCGCACAUGGAAGUGUGCCUUCAUGGAGACAUCGGCCAAGCUCAACCACAACGUCAAGGAACUCUUUCAGGAACUACUCAACCUGGAGAAGCGCAGGACCGUGAGCCUCCAGAUCGACGGCAAGAAGAGCAAGCAACAGAAGAGGAAGGAGAAGCUCAAGGGCAAGUGCGUGGUCAUGUGAGAGGCCUUCGUGCAGAACGAGCUGCUGCCUUUAGGGCCUCUCUGUUCUUCCCCUCUGUGAACCCCCACUGUCAUCAGGGCAGCAUGUCUGAUGCCCGUGUGUUAAACAUUGCAUUUGGCUGCGACACACCCUGCAAUGUCCUUAAGAGGCAUUCCCCACUAGCCCAUCCCUCAGGAGAUGCAAAACCUGGGAUGCUAAGAGCAUCCCAGGAAGCCAAGGCCAGUCCUAAGUGGGUUUUAGCCAUUUGAAGAUGAGGGGACUCAGAGCUGUGGACACGGGAGAAACUGAGAGUACUGUGUGAUGCAUGCGCGUGUGAUAACAGGUUAGCCCAUGUGACAGCAGGUUAGCCCGUAGCUACUGGUAUCAUCUCACAUCAGGCAACUUAGUUCAAAAGCCACUAAAUUCUUUAGGGGAGAAGUAGGCAGGCAGUUGAAGGAGGUGAGAAACCAAUGGGUCCAAUAUGGACCUAUGGAUGCCAGUUGUUCCCGUGAGUGGAUUUUUAGUGGGAUUAAAGAUAAAAUACCAUGACCCCUUAUCUAAGUGAUGCUCAUGCUGUUCCUACUGACACAUACUGAGGGGUUGCCCCUCCUCCUCAAAGUCUUCUCAGUAAGCACUGUGUCAGCCUGUUAGGAGCAUACACUUCACAUGUAAUGCCAAGGCUACUUGGGCGUGAUGCUGUGUCAGCACUUCUUCAGUUUGUGAGUCGGGACAUUGUGACAUCAUGUAAACAUCGCAAUAACGUCCCCCCCCCCCCGUGUGUGUGUCUCUGUGUGUGUGUGUGUGUGUGUGUGAGAGAGAGAGAGAGAGAGAGAGAGAGAGAGAGAGAGAGAGAGCACACAUGCUAUACUUUGAGGGUUCUAGAAAUGUGAGCUUUCUUCUGACCUUCGAGGGUUGCCACUUCUUCCAGCCCUCUGAUUUUUAAAUAAAAGGAAAUAAAGUAGGCAUUUUUUAAGACUCUCUCUUCCCCUCCCCCGAGAUGGUUUUCUUCUCUUAAAUAACUCCACCUGUACCCAGCUGGGAACCAGCCAACCAAGAGCGUCUAAUAACCAGAAGCACAUCCAUUUUUCUAAUGACGCGAGCAUUGUAGAUGCUAUGCGUUGCACCUUUAAUGAAAUACUUUGAAACAGACGUCGCUCACUGUGUUUUUAACGAUUUAUCUACAUCAGAAGUAGAUUGCUAGAAAAUGCAUCUAAUUCAUAGUAAAACUUCUCCUCGUUCCUUGCUAAACGUCCUUAAGAGUUCCUCAGUGCAAUGUGCACCCCAGAAGCCUGAGUGUACCCCGUAUUCUUCAGAAGGAACCAUAGCCACUGCUUGAGGGAUCAAUGGCCAUGAUGGCUGCAGAUAGGUUGGGCUAAUCUCUCUUCCCUGGGCACAGUGCCCACGGCUUAGUGUAAUUUGCUUGCCAUCCUGGAGUCUGGCUGGGUUUUGAUUCUUGGAAAUUCUUACUUCCAUAGCCAAUGAGAAGGUGCAUGCUGGUCUUGGGUGCCAGCUCUGCCAUUCUCUAAGCCAUUUUACCACUGAUCAGUCUGCAGGAAGAGGAUACUGUAGCACUGUGUGAGCCUAUACAGUAUGCUCACGGCAGACAGAGGUCCCAUUGCUGGGGUGUUUGAGUAGGUCUCUUGCUCCACCAAUGCCUCUGAAGCACACUGUGUUCAAACACCCUUGCUUCCUCAGACCUCUAUAAUUCAGUCCCCUCAUCUGGUCUGCUACGCCAAUCAUAACUCACCCUGGUGAUGUGCUGAGGGCCAGGGAGGUCCCUCAGAAAGCUGUCUGCCUCAGUGAUCUUACCAUCUCCCUAGGCUUCUAGAACAAAACCCUUGGGGUUACUUGAGCAAGCAGCCAUACUGAGAAACAAGGAAGCCCAGGAACCAAGCGAGAAGAGCCUGGAGUCCUUGUGCCCCUCCGGACCAAGUCUCUUCUAUCAUCCCUGUUUGUUCCCAGUGGCCAUUCCCUAUCACAGUGAGAUGGGAUUGUGGAAUUUUCUAGAAUGCCUUCAAUUUGGUGUUCCAUUUCUCCUCUCAGAGGAAACAUAUCACCUUGUCAUUUAGGUUUGGGGCACAGCGAGGGAAAGGUCACGGCUCUAUGGAUGAUGUGACAUAUGUAUUAUAUACACAUCAUAUAGGAUAUAUCCAUUUGUGGCAAUCCCUCUGCAGUAAAAUCCUGUCUGUUCUACCAACUGUGACCCUGCUUCAGACAUGAGUGCUGCCCCCUGCCUCCCUGCUUCCAGUGACUGCACAUCAGGGUCCUUUCAGCCCUGUAUGUCAGUUUCCAUAUUCCUAAGUGUUUCAGCCUUCAUUGACAUGAGGAUCUUGCUACAGAUCCAUCCACACACUUGCUCCUCUUCUGUGCUGUCUGUGAGUGUGGAGGGUGGGAGGGAGGCCGGUAAAGGCUCCCUUCCUGGGCUUCAUUCGGACACUACGUUCUAUAGAUUGAGCUGAGCACUGGGUAGCUAUCUUACCAUCACUUUUGGCAAACUUUCCUCUGACUCAGGGGCUGAGGACACAGUACAACCGGGCCAGUGGCUUUCAGCUUUGCUUUUGGUCCCAUCCCGAGUCACGAAGCUGAGACUCUAGGUAAUAUCCUACAUUGCACAUGGGACUGGAAACUUCUGACCCAGCCCCGGCUCGUUAUAAAACUUGAAAUAUUGCUUUGAAGAUGGCACUCUGGGGUUAAGCACGGGACUCCAUGAGUUCCCUAAUCCCCAUUGGUCCCCUCUCCAUUCAGUGACAAGCCAUGGGCAUGCAUCCAAUGCAUCAAGUCCAACACAAGAGCAAUAUCCAAUUGUCCACUAGAUCUAAAAUUAUAUAUAUAUAUAUAAAAUGUAAUUUAUCUUCCUGCACUUUUGAAGCAUAAAGUAGUAAAUUGUACAUAUCUAUCUCUAUAUAUCAAUAGGCUAGUAUAUCACUAUUUGUAAUAUUCUUUGUAGAAGAAGAUGUACUAAAUAUUUUAAAAUUGCGCUGCGGUACUCCUCCCUACCCCACGUUUGUAAAGUGUUGCUCCUACACAAGCUGUUUGGAAAUACCCGAAGCCAAAGGGGCCUAUGGAUCUCCUCCAGGAAGGACACCUCCUGGGAUUCAGCAGCCUACAAAGACCUUGUGUCAAUCAAGUAUCGGCAGAGUGAUCGUUGGCAUGUGAAGUGCCGGCACAUGCUUCCACUUUCGCCUUUGCGGAUCCGGUUCCACUUUCAGGUGUGUCUGACACACUCUACGGUUAUGAGGACCACCUUGUAUAAUAAGGUUCUAGCGGCAGUGAUGGCCCCAAUCCACAGAACCAGUUACAAUAAAGCUCAGUUACAGCACC